AUAAAAUUAGACCAAGUUAGGAGAACCUCGGCGCCCUCAGUCACAAAUAUGAACUACCCAUUAUCCGACCGAUUGAUAAGCUCCAUAGUCUAUCCUUCUGCAAAGCACACCUAGCUAUGAAGCGACUGGGCUACCGCAAGUCCCGCACCGGAUGCCUAAGAUGCAAGGAGAGAAGAGUCAAGUGCGACGAGAAACGACCUUGCUCGGCAUGUGUCAGACACGAGGUCCUUUGCAGUCUUAGUGACUCGCCUCCCGAUGCUGGUACAGCGCAAACGGUAGAGCAGUCGUUUACCCGUCCAUCAUCAACAAAAGCAAGGUCUAGGCAUGCUAAGCGCUCCCUUGAUCGAGCAUACUCAGGCGUUGGCAGUAAAGGCUCACAAAAGAAUACCUGUGCAACUGCAGAGCACAGCUCUGAACCCAGCCUGCCUCCAGGGAAGGAGCAAGAAGAUGGGGCCUAUAAUGGCCAUGAAGACCCAUUUUCCUUUUUUGCAGCACUUUUCUCGAAUCUCAUACUCGGCGAAAGAGCCAACUGGGCCUCUGACAUGGAGCUGAUGCACCACUACACUAGCAUAUCCUAUGCCACACUCUCAAAUGACGCUGACGUACAGAAGUUCUUUCAGCAAGACUUGCCACGUUUGGGCUUUCAACACAAAUUCCUCUUGCAUCAGCUACUGGCUUUCUCCGGCUAUCAUCUCGCAUACCUAAAUCACGACAAACGCCACGCAUUCUUUUCGCAAGCAUCUCAGCAUCAGAAUAGUGCUAUAGAGGGUUUAAGAACAAACCUUGGGAGCGCUCAUGCCUCCGAACACUGCCAUACGCUCUAUGCAGCUUCUAUCUUAUUAACCAUCUGCUCAUUUGCCACUUUCCCAAGCUACGAUAGAUUCGAUGGCCCCUUGGACCCCGUCGACAACAUUCUCGGUGUCUUUAGUCUUAUCAAAGGAAUGAACAUGAUUCGGCUUGAAUCGGGUGGUGAGAUUAGCACGGGGCCACUUGCAACCCUCUUCGGUCGGAUGCAGUGCGGUUGUCCCAGUUACAAAGACUCAGGCCUGGGAAUCAUCCGUCCCCAUGUCGAGCAGCUGAGUAUUGCAUUGGGACAAACCCCAUUUCUCGGGAACGAUGCUAUCCACGGCUCAUUCGUGACUCAGCAUGCAGUAGCGUCACUUUCCAGCUCCAUUGAGAAUAGUAUUAGGAGGCCUUCGCCCACGUCAACUGCUUCACUGCGAGCGUCUUUCCUUUGGCCCAUCCUUAUUGAAACGGACUACAUCACAUUGCUCCGGCAACGAUACCCAGCAGCCUUGGUCGUCUUAGCAUUUUACUGUACAGUGCUAAGAAUGGCAGAAGCGAGCUGUUGGGCAUUGGAAGGAUGGGCAGAGUCUUUGAUGAAGUGUGUUUGCAACUCUUUGGAGGGGAGUCACUGGGAAACGUUGAUUGAAUGGCCAAAACAAAUUGUGAUGGGUGUUGAUCAGGACAUAGUUGUGAAAAGCUGGGCAAAUGAACAGCUUUGAUCCAACACCGUAUUUAAUACCUUGGGCCGUUGGUGCAGAUGCGUCCUUCUGAACUAGAGCGCUUCAUAGGCUACUCGAAUAUGAGCCAGGUGGUUCGCAGCUAAUAUCGGCGCAUGACGCACAUGCCAA